ACCCUCUUCAGUCCCUUCUAACUGGUUAUCAGUGCAACUCUAAUGAUGAACACACUUCUUAUGGAGAAACAGGAGUCCCAGUUCCCCCUUUUGGAUGCACUUUCUCUUCUGCUCCCAAUAUGAAGCAUAUACUAGCAGUUGCCAAUGAAGAAGGCUUUGUUAGAUUAUAUAACACAGAAUCACAAUCCUAUAGAAAGAAGUGUGUUAAAGAAUGGAUGGCUCACUGGAAUGCUGUCUUUGACCUGGCCUGGGUCCCAGGUGAACUUAAACUUGUUACAGCAGCAGGUGAUCAGUCGGCCAAAUUUUGGGAUGUAAAAGCUGGUGAGCUACUUGGAACAUGCAAAGGUCAUCAGUGCAGCCUCAAGUCAGUUGCCUUUUCUAAGUUUGAAAAAGGCCAGUCCUUCUUCAUAGACCAUUGGAUCUCAUAGACCAACCAUGACUGCACAUAGUCACCUGGAAGGGUUUUUUUAAAAAAUACCAAAUAAAUGUGAAUC